ACUUCAAGGAAUAGAGGAAAUUCCCUUGAUAAAGUUAGUUGGGAACAACCCACCUUAUCCUACUAUUCAGAUAUUAUAUUUAAGGAGAUUGAUUUAAAUUCCUUCAUUCAAUUUUAAAGUGAAGGUUAACAAAGUAAAAAAAAAACUUAAACGAUGGGUUGGUGGCUAUUCACUUGUAUAACUACUUGGUUUAUGUUAGUUGAAAGCUGCACGAAUUCUACAGAAUGUGAUCGAAAUAUUAAAUCUAAAAUUCUUCUAAAUAAUGCAUUGGAUAUGUUAACGAAAGCUAAAGAGAGUUACAUAGAAUGUCCUGCAGCUAAGCCAAUAGAUUGCGAAGAGAUACUUCUGUCUGGUUGCAACGAGAGUGGGCCAUAUGUAAUCUGGCCUAGAAGUAGAGUUACUGCAAGAAAAUCAAUUGACGUUUAUUGUGAUAUGGAAACAGAUGGAGGAGGGUGGACGGUAAUUCAAAGACGAGGAAAUUUUUCACGACCGCAAGAUUACUUUUACCAAAAUUGGGCAAAUUACAAAUCUGGUUUUGGUCAUAUUGAAAAGGACUUUUGGCUAGGUAAUGACAAAAUUUUCGCAUUGACGAACCAAAAUCUCUAUUCAGUUCGUUUUGAAUUAAAAAGUGUGGACGGAGAAAGCAGGUAUGCCUUGUAUGACAAAUUUUGGAUAGAUGACGAAAUAAACAAGUACACGUUGCAUAUUGAGGACUAUAGUGGAAAUGCAGGUGACUCCAUGUUGAAAGUUCACAACAACGCGCGAUUUUCAACAAAAGACGUUAAAAACAAUCCUGGCAAAACUCACUGCGCUCAAACUUACAAGGGCGGAUGGUGGUAUAAUGAGUGUCAUACUGCUAACUUAAACGGAUUAUAUUUGGGAGGAAAACACAAGACUUACGCUGAUGGAAUCAACUGGAUCAGUUGGAAAGGCUAUUACGAAUCACUGGAUGAGACUGAAAUAAAAAUCAGGUCCAAGACUUUUAAGAAAAGGAAUUAGAAAUGAACUGCUAAUGCAAUAUCAAUACCUCGAAAUGUUCAUAAUGGAGAAUCUGAACUUUUCUCACGAUUAGUGCUCAAGAAAAUUAUUCAAUUUGAAGAAGAUUCAAUUGUGAUUAACAUGACUAAUAAUGAAUUAAUUCUAUUUAUGCCAAUUUGAUGUGACAUUUAUUAUGUAUCUUAUAAAAAAAUGCCUAAUGAUUUCAUAUCUUAUUCAAUUUUACCGUGUAUAGGAAUAAAUACUUAUAUCAUAA